CUCUAAUGGCUGAAGAACAACAACUAUCAGCGGACAACAAACUUUCCAUAACUUCUCUGGACAAUAAAGAAAGUUUGAAGUAGCAAAUUACUUCGGCAGUAGUUCAGCUGACGUUUUGUUCAUAUGUUACUUUUGUUGUCAUAAAUGUGGAAUCGCUGAUGGAUCCGAGAUAUGAUAUACCGCGGAGGGCCGCUGCCGGCGGCGGCAGCGGAGGCUCCGGGAACUCGUCUCCCGCUCUGGGGGCUCAGUCCCGCCGCAGGAAGAUGCCUCCCCGACCCGCUGACUUCAAACUCCAGAUCAUAAUUAUUGGCUCCCGUGGAGUGGGUAAAACCAGUCUCAUGGAGAGGUUCACCGACGACACUUUCUGCGAGUCUUGCAAGUCGACAGUAGGUGUUGAUUUCAAAAUCAAGACAGUUGAAUUGAGAGGGAAGAAGAUCAGACUUCAGAUAUGGGACACUGCAGGCCAGGAGAGGUUUAACAGCAUCACGUCGGCCUACUACAGAGGAGCCAAGGGAAUAGUCGUGGUUUAUGACAUCACCAAACAGGAAACUUUCGAUGACCUUCCUAAAUGGAUGAAAAUGAUAGACAAGUACGCCUCAGAGGAAGCAGAACUUCUGCUGGUUGGGAACAAGCUGGACUGUGAGACGGAUCGGAUCAUCUCCAAGCAACAAGGAGAGCGAUUUGCCUCUCGGAUAACCGGGAUGCGCUUCUGCGAAGCCAGUGCCAAGGAUAAUUUUAACGUGGAUGAGAUUUUCGUUAAGCUUGUUGAUGACAUUCUCAGCAAGAUGCCUCUUCAAGUUCCCAACAAGGAGCUCUCCAACAGCGUCCUGUCUCUGCAGCCUGAACCCGAAGUGCCGCCGGAGCUGCCCCCUCCACGCAUGCGCUGUUGCUGAGACUUUGUGUGGAAACACACCCGACACACACACACACACACACACACCCUCAGACACUCUCUGAAACCUGCAGCGCACCAACGUGGCCACAUGGGGGCAGUACACAGCAGCACUUUAGAGUUAUUGACGCUGCUGUAAUUGUUGCAUGAAUCGAGCAGUAUUAUCCUCUCUCUGUUGCUUCCUCUCCUCUGUUACUGAACACUUUGACCUGCAGCACACUAACGCUUACACCUGGAGACCCUUCCCACCACCAGCCUGCCUACACCCAGACUACCUCAGUGUUUGGACGGUUACACUAGGCAUGUGGGGAACCUCUCACUAAUUUCAAAAUCGUCCGAGUCGCUCCGAGACAAAGGAAUUACAUCUCGCAUCUCUCUAUAGCUCAGUUUAAACUUGACGUGUUUUUACUAAGUGAUGGUGUGGUUGCUGUAAUUACUGGAUAAGGUGGAAAUAUUUUUGCCAAGUUAUAAGUUUAUGGAUCUACUUUACCUUGAAGUAUUAAUGUGGCUGGAGUUAUUUUUCUAUAAAUUGUAAUGUUUUGCACUACAAAACCAGAUUCCCAUAUUAAGCUGACAUGCAGGAAAACAAAAUAACACAAGUUGUAGUUUAUUUAGCACUAAUGUGGCUACUUUCUAUUGACGCAAGGAGAUAUGGGUAAUGUAGUCCUGGAUCUAUUUGUGUUAAGCAGGGGAAUAAAGACCGUAAUGCCACCAGAA